AUGGUCAAAUACUCAGUUCCUGCGUCUAUACUGCUGUCGCAGUCAUUGGUGGCGGCCAGUCUCUACGACUCGUAUGUGAGCUUGUCGUUUGAGCUGAUUGGUUUCCCUACAUUUGCUGGAACCAAGAGCUCGCCCAAUGCCUUCUCCCACAACCUGAUGCAGAACCUGGCCGACCUCCAAGGCAGCGGCGUUGUCGUCCGCGUCGGUGGAAACUCUGGCGAUCGUGCCAUCUACGACUCGACAUUGACCACCUCUACGGCCAGCUCGUGCCCCCAUGCCGACCCUGGCGCAUGGCAAUGCAUCGGAAAGAGCUUCUUCGAGUCUUACGGCGGAUUCCCGGCCGGCACCCGCUACUCUCACCAGUUCAACGUCGGCGCGUACAACUCCUCCGGAUGGGCCACGCUGAAGUCGACGGUGCCCCUGGCUUGCAAGGCGCUUGAGGGCCAGCUUGAGUUUUGGGAGGUUGGCAACGAACCGGAUCUGUACAUUGGAAGCAGACGCCCCAGCAGCUACAACGCCGCCAACUACGCUGCCGAGUGGGUGAACACGACGCAGCACUUUGAGAGCUACCUCAAGACGGCAUGCCCCUCUCUGGGCGGCAGCAUCAAGUACAUUGCUCCCUCGUUGAGCUCCCCCGGCGCCAAGCUGAAGAUCAACGCCAUCUUCCCCGAUGAAGGAAGCGCUGCCACCUCCAAGAUCUCGCAGGUCUCUGUGCACAACUACAUGAACGGCGCCACCAGCCCGGGCGUUACUCUGCAGAAUACCCUUAUGAGCCACACGGCCGUUGUCAACUCGAUCACGAACCACGUCAACUACGCCAAGACGUCCACCAUCAGCGCCGACUACAUCAUUGGCGAGCACAACAGCUUGUACGGCGGCGGUGCCUCUGGCCUCUCCGACGUCUUUGGAGCUGCUCUCUGGGCCAUGGAGUUUUCCCUCUAUGCUGCCUCCACUGGUGUCAUCAAGCGUAUUCACUUCCACCAGUCUGUGGGCUCUCCUUAUGCCGCGUGGGUUCCUUCAGGCACCCUCAACACCAAUGCCCCGUACUACGGCAAGCUGGCUGCCAGCACUUUCCUGGCCAAUUCCAGCACCAUUGAGGUUCAGACUCUUGCUUUGAACAAGGACGCCGACAAGGACUCUGGAUAUGCCGCCUACAUCAACGGCGAGUUGAGCCGUGUUGCCGUUCUCAACUUGAGACAGUACAACUCCGGCAGUGGCACUCGCCCUAGCCAGAACUACACCGUCCAGGUUGGCGCUGGAACUUCUUGGACGUCUCAGCGUCUUACUGCAGCUGGCGCUACCGACAAGUCUGGCGUUACUUUCAACGGUUUCUCUUACGAUGCCAACUCCAACGGCCUGGCUCAGCGCGUUACCAGCCAGGAGUCGAGCAAGGUUUACCAGGCUGAUAGCAACGGCAACAUUAACUUUUCUGUUCAGAACACUGAGGCUAUUGUCUUGGUGAAGAACUAG